AUGGAUCUCGCAGCAAAUUCAGCUGUCGCAACAUUGUCUUUUCCACCGCCGGAAAACUUUGGAUUUGAAUUUCUUCCGGUCAAUAAACAAUUGUUGAAAGAUGAAAAUGUGGUGGACCAUGAACGAUUAAAAAGGAUUAAGGAGAAGGUUGAAAAGGCCGCUAGCGCUGCAGAAAAAGCGAGCAGAAACUUCCAGAAGCUAUACUCCACGCUUCGUGAUCUAUCAACGGUAAGCAACGACAAAAACGCCACAUGGGAUGCUGUUGUACAAAAAUACAUCGCGGAGGAAGGCAAAUCUAUACACGCGAAAAUGUCCAUCGUCAACAACAGCUUGAUUCCACCGCCGCCAACACACCAACCUCACGAUACACCAGCUACGAAUCAAAACAAAAAUCAUCAUGUUCAAGAACCUCGCUUGGAAUUCAUCACAGCCAAAGUAAACAACCUUGAUAACACGAUCGAUACACGACGUGCUAGCACGCGUAGGAAAAAACCGAAAAAGUCACGAGAUCCUAAUCGUCCCAAGAAGCCGCCAAACGCAUUCAUGAUGUUUUUGGUGGAGCAAUGUGACGAGAUGAAGAAUAAGUCGGGCACUGGUGGGUUGCACGCGCCGCAUGUGGGAAAGAUUGUGAGUGAACGAUGGAAGGAGUUGCCGCAUGACCAGAAGAGAUUAUACGAGGAACGAUACCAAAUCUCAAAAAAGAAGUACGAAGAAGAUAUCAAAAUAUAUUAUGCCAAUCGCGAAGAGGACCCCGUCGAAUCUCCGGAAAUAAUCGAGGAGAAAAGCCCAGUAAAAAUCAAGCAGGAAGAAAACGAAUACGAUUUCGCUUCCACCGCUGCUACAGCUCAUUCAUCACCAUCACCAAAAAGAUUGAAACGUAAUAACAAAGCUAGACCAUCAUCUUCAACAUCACAAGACAUUAACAAUAAGGACGUCUUAACGCAAAACACAGGUCAUCGAUCAAUACAACAAACUCCCAUCAUGAAAAUACGAAAAAACAGUCGUAAGCCACGAAAAGUUAAGGAUGCUAAUCGACCAAAAAAACCGGCCAACCCCUAUGCGUUGUAUUUAGCAGAGCAAUGUUCAUUGAUGAAGCAGAAGGCGGCACCGGGUGCAUUGAAUGCACCACAUAUUGGACGUGUGGUAUCUGAGCGAUGGCGAAGCCUUUCAAAAGAAGAUAAGCAGGUCUAUAUGGAUCGAUACAAUAUCGCAAAAAAUAAUUACGACGAAGAAGUGCGUAAUUAUAAUAGCAGUCUAUUAUUGCUAAACAUGUCAACAGCAUCAACCAAUUUAACGCCACCACCACCACCGAAGCCAUUACCUCCGAAACCCUCGCAAGAAGAACCAUUUGAUUCCAGUGAUGAGCAUGACGAAUUGGAAGGAGCUCCUUUGUCAAAUGAUGAACAAGAACAUGAACAUGAUGAGCUUCAAGAUGAUUACGAUGUUCCAUUGACGUCACCGAAAAGCAGUUCCAAGGAAAACCAAGAAAAGGUGCUGCCGGUUGCUGCUGAUGAUGAUGAUGAAUCCACUGAUGAGUCCUUGGAACUCGAAGAAAUGCAAGAUGUGGAAUAUAGUAAUGGUGGUGAGAAAGAUAACUCUGAAUCUUUUGUCAAAACGACCAAGAUCACCGCUGAUGGGGAACACCUACGAACACGAGAAGCACUGAUGGUAAACACCGAAAUCACAAAAAAGAAACACAUGCGAAAGCACGAGAGCGAUGGAGAAGAAGAUUCCAUCGGCGACGAAAGUGAUCACAGUCCCCUUGGGACACCUUCUGCAGAUGGCGAGAUCUCGCCAUCAAAAUGGUCACUGAAAGGCUUGUUUUCGGGAUUUAAGCGCCCAAAGUUCUUUCAAUAA